AUGACGCUGCUCACAUCCUCGCUGCUGCUCUUCUCGCUGCUGACGUCGCGGCUGGAAGCAAUUCCGGUUUUGGAGAAUAUCCCCGCCCAUCCCCCCUCGCACCCCUCGCCUGGCGUGCGAAUUCUUCGCGCACCCGAAUCUUUGGUGGCGCCCCUGGGAGACGAGGUGGUGCUGGAGUGCGAGACCAGUUUGCAGCCCGAGCGCUUCGAAUGGACCCACCGAUCAAGCAAAUCUCCUGGUGCGGGGUUCAAGUACCUCCGGACGGGAACGGCCAAGGCGAAUGUCACCCAGGAGGCGGCCAUUUCGCGGCUCAGGCUGCUCGUCCGGCCGGACACUCUAGGGGAGUACCGAUGCAUUGGCUGGUUCGGUCCACUGGUGGUCACCUCCACCGGUGCCCGACUGGAGCUGGCCAGCACAAGCCUGGUGGCUAGCCAGGAGUCGGAGGAGUCCCUCCAAUGGCGUGUGCCCGCUGGAAACUCUGUGCUCUGGUCCUGCGGACAACAGGUGCAAUCCAAUCCACCCGCCAGCUGGUCUUACUACCGCAAUGGAGUGGAAAUCAAGCCAGAGUUCGUCGGAACCAAUGGAAAUCUAUUUCUGAGCAAUGUGUCCUCGGAAUCCUCGGGCAGCUACUCCUGCCAGGCCACCAAUCCUGCCUCCGGGGAGAGAAUCCAGCUAGCCGGCACGCUGCAACUGCAGGUUACACCAAGCCAGAGGUCGCAGAGCAAGUCACCGCAUUUGCUGAAGGGACAGCCGAGCAGCCAGGUGAUAACCAGCCGCGAGGGAACCUCCCUGCUGCUGCUGUGUCCUGGUGUGGGUUCACCCCCACCCGCAGCUGUCUGGAGCAGUCCCGAUGUAGCUAAAAAUAAGCGUUGGAAAUUUUAUGGCCAUGCUCUAGAGAUCUCCAACAUUGGGUUGCAGGAUGCAGGCACCUAUAUCUGCUUCCAGGACAAUGGAGUGCGGCCUGCUUUGGAGCACUACAUACAGGUGCGCGUGGAGCAGCCGCCGAAGAUUGUGCGACCACCCUGGGCGGAUCUUACGAACGAGGGAGCCCGCCUGCAGCUGGAAUGCGAGGCCACUGGAGUGCCGAAGCCGCACAUCUACUGGCUGCUCAACGGACACAGCAGCAUUGACGACACGGAGGCUGAGCUGUCCGGUAAUAGUCUCGUAUUACAUAGCGUUUUGAAGCGCCAUGCCGGUUAUGUUCAGUGUUUUGCCCGAAAUUCCCUGGGCGAGGAUAGUGCCGGUACUCUACUGCAGGUGAAUCCCAAGCAGAUUCAGGAGCCCCGCGAAUCGGGAGGAACCCACCGUCCAAAACCCAACCAGGGCACGAAGCAGAAGCAAAUGGUUCCACCAUCUCCACCGAAUGUCACCCGACUCACCGAUGAAUCCGUGAUGCUCCGCUGGAUGGUGCCGCGCAACGAUGGAUUGCCCAUUGUCAUUUUCAAGGUGCAAUACCGCAUGGUUGGCAAGCGCAAGAGUUGGCAGACUACCAACGAUAAUAUACCCUAUGGAAAACCCAAGUGGAACUCUGAGCUGGGCAAGAGCUUCACGGCCUCCGUAACGGAUUUGAAGCCCGAGCAUACCUACCGUUUCCGCAUCCUGGCCGUUUACUCCAACAACGACAACAAGGAGAGCAACACCUCGGCCAAGUUUUAUCUUCAGCCUGGCGCAGCACUUGAUCCCAUGCCAGUGCCCGAACUGCUGGAGAUCGAGGAGCAUUCGGAAACGGCGGUGGUUCUGCACUGGAGUUUGGCCAGCGAUGCGGAUGAGCAACUGAUCACGGGCUAUUAUGCCUACUAUCGACCCUCUUCGUCGGCUGGGGAAUAUUUCAAGGCCACCAUUGAAGGAGCCGAGGCGAGGAGCUUUAAGAUCGCUCCCCUGGAAACGGCCACCAUCUACGAGUUCAAGCUGCAGUCCUUUAGCUCCGUUUCUGCCUCCGAAUUUAGUGCCCUUAAGCAGGGACGAACGCAGCGUCCCAAAACCAGUACCACCGAGGAGCCCAUCCAGCAAAUGGGCGACACUACAACUCCCAGUCACAACGAAACGUUCAGCAUGAGUCCCAUGCUAACAGGGACAAUUGGCGGUGGUGCAGUGCUGAUCCUGCUUUUGAUCAGCACUUGUUUGUGCCUGUGCCGGCGGAGGAGUUCCCGAGGCAGGGGAAAUAAUCCGAAUAAGCCACGGAUGGCUGAGCUGCGGGAUGAUUUCGUGCCGCUGGGAAACUGUUCACCCACCAAACAGCGCCAGCGAACCCGGCACAUACACAUCACCCUAAAUCCGUUGGCCCAACAGCAGCAGCAGCAGGCGAUGGAGGAGAAGAACGACAACGACCAGGAUACGGCCUACUAUCAGCGACCGACUAGCUACGAUUACGAUCCCGGCUUAAGGAGGAUGUCCUCCUCCUCGCUGCGUCGCUCACAACGCACGCUGGAACGUGCUGGUGGGAGUAAUGGCUCCAGCAACGGCAACAAUAACAAUCUCAAUCAAUCCGGUGAGGCGGGUCCUGUCGAAUCUACCGGCAAGCCAGGACGUGUGCUCAUGAAACGCCCCCGGCUGUCCAGUCGCUCCGAGAACCUCUCUUCCGGCAGCCUCAACAGCGUGGGCGUGUAAUCGCUAUCUCGUGAUCUUUAGUCCGUACAUCCCUACGCCCGAUGUAUUACGCCUAUUCCUCUACCUCUGUUUUAUCUACCACUUUGAAUGACAAAACCUUUGCUGUUUGUACUUAUACGAGAAUACCACUUAGAAUUAAGGUACUUAAAUAGACAUUACUAGAUUUAUGCAUGCUUGAUCGUUUAAGAACAUAGCAUUAUGUCCAUUCUAUCGUAAGUCUUCCAUGUUUCGCGAUAAGAUCAAAAUCUGUACUGAUAGCUUCUUAAUGACCUUUACAAAAAUGACAAUAAAGCUUGUAGCUUCAUCU